AUGGUACCCAUGACAGUAUACCAGUCUCUUCCCGCCAAGCGCUCUGCGUCACUUGAACUAUAUGGCCUACCACCACACAAGAAACAGAAUCGCGGACUGAUCCGUCAUCACCAACCCAGCUGGGAUUUUCAGCGAGAGCAACUCAAGGAGCCAUGGCAGGACGUGGAGGCUGUUCAGUCUAUGCUAACGCGCUCGAUCGGCCUUGCGCUGGAAACUGUAGGCUUCGGAGCGGCCGCGCCAGACGCUAUGGAGGCCUUUCACUUUGAAGUGGAAGAAUACAUGGCCCACUAUCUUGCAGAUGUGCGGCAAUCUAUGCUCUCCUGCCGGCGCACACAGGCAAUCCCACAAGAUUUCCUACAAGCUCUUCAUACACAUCAGCUCAGCCUGAGAUCCCUUUUACCGCAUCUCGAUCCGCCUGUCAGCCCGUCGCGGACACAGUUCCCCUUACAGAUGGAGAUCGCGCAAGACAACGAGGAGCAGCAUCUGCGCUUUUUAGGACCAUUGUUGAACGCCGACCCCAAUGAAAAGCUCCGGGUAUACAUUCCACAACACUUCCCGGAGCUCCCGAGCAAGCACACCUACAAAGCUACUCCUGAGUAUGCAGAGCACGAGCAAGAUCAGAGAAAGGUCCGCGAGAAAGCUACAGAGGAAGGCAGACUUGGAGAAGAAGCUCUUCGCAGGCUUGUUCGCGCAGGAGCUGGUAGAUCAACCCAAGAGUCUCCACAAGGCCGUAAAACCCAAAGCGCACGGGCAGUGAGAGAACUGAUGUGGAUGGAGACCAUGCAAGCAGUGACUCAGGAGACACCUGACGCUAUGGACUUCGACAUGGAGGCUGGCGUUGGCAAAGGAAGGCAAAAAGAUGGCGAACCUUCACCUCUGCCAUCACUUGGAUACGGACGCUUUGGCUCAGUUGUGAACGCAGAGAAACAAUAUUGGAGAAAGCCGCCACCGCAGACGAGAGAAGCAAAAGGAAGCAUUUAG